AUGCCACGAAGUGACAAAGGUGAUUUUACAAACAUUACACGGGCGCUACUUCGUGGUGGGGUUCAAACGCUGAAUACAACCGAAAAUGUGCAUUCAUUCCUCAAUAAGAACUGGAUGUACCAUCAACUUCAAAAAAUCGCCUCAACCAAUGGACACGGCAUCUUCCCACUACUCGAACAAACUUAUUAUCCAUCAUUCCAACAUUUUAAUGCAUGCUCAAGAUUCCCGGUGGUAGUUCGUGUGGGCAAUGGAACACAUGGAAUUGGUAAGAUCAAAAUCGAUGAUGAACAUCAUUUGAAUGAACUCGAAGGAGCGAUUCAAGCACUUGGUGGGGGUGAAGUGCUCGUUGAGCCUUUUGUUGAAAUCAAAUACGAUGUUCAUCUACAGAAGAUUGGCUCCGAGAUGAAAGCGUUCAUACGAAAAGGAAUCUCAAACAGUUGGCGAAGUAACGUUGGCUCAGCAAUGCUAGAGCAAAUUCCUGUUACAAACAGGCAUAGACAGUGGCUGUGUAUGGUAUCAGAAGCAUUCGGCGGCAUGGACAUACUCAGUUUAGAUCUACUCGUAACGAAAGACGGUCGUGAAAUUAUACACGACGCAAACGAUGUGAUUACAUUUCUUGGCGACUCGCAGGAAGACGACAGACGAGCCAUUGCGGAUCUUAUCCAAGCCCAUAUGGUGUCCAGGCACAAUGCUCUACAACAGCAACAAGCUGCAGCAGCAGCAGCAGCAGCAGCUGCACCAUCCACGUUGACCAGGUCGACAACCAUUGGUGAUUCGUCGCAUCCGCAACAGUAUGGAAUGAACAUGCACGGUCAAGCCCAAGUGCAACUGCCGGCCCCUCCACCUCGACCCGCCACUGUCACCGCAAAAGCGAAAACUCUCACUACUGCAGAUCAACAAAGCACCACCACUCCCAACGCAACCAAUAACAGUGCAGGAGCACAUGCAAUGAUGAUGAAUGGACACGAUGUGGCGUCGUCGUCGUCUUCGUCGAGUACUUUACAAAGGAAAGUCUCACGUGAGAGUAGUCAAUCGUCUGGCACAUUCCCAUCCACAAAACCCAAACAACCCCAGCAACAACCCCAACAACUCAACAGACAAGUUGGUAUUAAAGACAAGGAAACCACUACAGCAACUACAGCUUCAGCUUCUCAUCAAGACGAUACAAUGGGACAAUUGAAGCGCACCUUUGCCGGAAUUUUUGGCGAUGUUUGA